ACUCACUCACGUCUGCCCGAUUUCACGUCGACACAAGAGUGACAAACGCGUUGGGGUAGCUGUCCGGUCACUGCCUGUCCCCCAUGAUUCCCUGAGCCACCUCAGCGGCUCCCAGCCAUAACCACCGCGCAUCGUCCUGCAUCAUCACCUGUAGCCAUUCCACAUCCACUGCAUCCCUACAUCCCCCUCAACCAUGGCGACCGAAGCUAUGGCGGCCGACGCGGGGCCCUUUGACGCGGCAGACGAUCUUCUCACAGAAGCAGAGAGCGACUCUCCCCACAACACGCCGUCCUCCAGUUCCGUCAUGGCCGACGAAGCCGACACGUGCCGCAUAUGUCGCGGAGAGGGCACCGCCAAAGAGCCCUUGUUCCACCCGUGCAAAUGCAACGGCAGCAUCAAGUUCGUCCACCAGGAGUGCCUGAUGGAGUGGCUGUCGCACACGCAGAAGAAGCACUGCGAGCUGUGCAAGACAUCGUUCCGCUUCACCAAGCUAUACGACCCCCGCAUGCCGAACCGCAUCCCCACGGCCGUCUUCAUGCGCCGCGCCGCGCUGCACGUAGUCAAGAUGCUCUUGACGUGGUGUCGCGCUGUCUUGGUGGGCUCGGUAUGGAUGGUCUUGCUUCCAUGGUGCAUGCGCGUCGUCUGGCGCAGCCUCUUUUGGGUCGGCGACGGAGGAUGGACCAGAGAUGGCUACCUCGAGCCAGCGGAUAACACCGACACCUCGCCACUUUCUUCACUCGACCUAGAGGUAGUCCGUGCCGCUCUUGAGGCUGCAAAGGCCAAUCGUUCGCAGAACUGGGUGGUGAUGAGCCUGUUCAAGGGUAGUAAGCCUCUCGUCCUCAACGGUACCUUGGUUGAGUCGGCCAGCGAGUCACCCUUCUGGGAUUUUGCGAAGCGCCUCCUAUUUGGCAUUCCCUACCCAGCCCCUUCCCUCACGCCGUCCUUGACAAACCAAACAGAACUCAAUGCGACUUCUCCUCUCCUGACCACUCGGCAUCCUUCGCUACUCUCAGACAUACCUUGGUUCAAUCGCUUUGAGUCGCAGACCGUCAAUCGCUUCAUAAUCGAUGUGUUCGAAGGCCUCAUGAUAACACUCCUGGUAGUCGUCGCAUUCAUCUUGAUCUUUCUCAUUCGAGAAUGGGUUGUUCAGCAACAACCUGUCAUCAAUAUGGUAGCACUCAACAACAAUGCCGCUGCGAACCCGGCUGCAAACAAUGAAGAUGAUGGAGACCUUCAUGCUGCAGCUGAAGAGAAUGAGGGUGAAGAGGACAAUGAAGAUGUGAAUCCGGAUGCUCAACAAGUCGUAGGAGAUGAUGUGGACGUGGACAGUGACCUGGCUACGGCCAUCGACAAUCCUUUCGUCAACGAUGACAGCACACAACCCGAAUUCAAUUCGGAGAUGGCCCAGGACAACGGUCAAAGGACAGUGGCGUUGGACCACGUUGUACAAAAUGGAACUGGGGAGGAUAUGAGAAGAGCAUCAGAAGAAAUGUCCGAAGAAGACAAGGAACGCCUUGCCAGGGCGACGGAUAACAUAUACCCCAAUCCGGAGCAAAUCGCCGAUCACACGUACAAUAAGACACCCGAAUCAGCGGCCACUGAGCCUCGAGUUCCCACUCCAAGCAGUUCCGCGCCUCUCACGCGCUCUAGUAGCCUCCCUCAGAACUCGAGGUCUGCAUCUGGAGUCGUCGAAUCGGAUCCAUCGGGGGCUUUCCAAAGGCCAAAUAUGCCCUCAAGAAAUCAAUCGUUCAUUGCGACAGAAAUCCGACGCAGCUUGGAGGAAGGCACUUCAUGGUCCUUCGACAACGUGCAGCAAGCGUCAGGCGAUGAGGAUCGUCCAGAUGAGAACACGCCUGAUUCUUGGGAAGACGAGGAUACAGAAGAUGGACCGCCCGGUCAAGAGCAGGAAAUGGCAUCAAUUCAAGAACCCGACAGUGAACGCAGCAGUGGAAGUUGGCAACAAGUCACCAAUGUCAAUGUGGAAGAGACCUCUGACCAAGCGCUGGAAAGAGGGCGUCCACAAGAACCUAGUGAGGCGGAGGCUGUUCUUCACCACUUCUUGCGAGCUCCAUCUGAGGAUGGUCGUUCAAAUGCAACAUUCGAAACCACGGCAGAACCCACCUCUGAGGUCGAUUUCGCAUCUGACGAAUCGGAACAUGGUUCUGAUGCCUUACCGGAACAGCCUGAACUCGAGGACCCGGAACAUCAACUUCCGGCCGAGGCAGCCGCACCUUUGGCGCAAGUCCAGAACCAACAACUCGAGCCGGCAGGGCCUCAGCAACCUCUACCUCCUCCCUUGACUCGUUUCUUGGACUGGGUCUAUGGUGACGUGGCUCCCGAAGUGCAGCCACCUGAAGAAGUCGCGAACGACGAACACAUCGUCCGUAAUCUUGCAGAAGAACCGCCUUUCGUGGCUUUUGCAGGCAAUGACGUACAAGAGCCUGUUAAUCCUCCAGUUCAAGACCGUGAGGUCGCUGCUGCUGUGGCUCAGGCUGCCAUCGACGUCAAUGAACAAGACGCAAUCGAAGACGCAGAAGACCUUGAGGGCAUUCUUGAGCUCAUUGGCAUGCAGGGCCCACUCAUCGGUCUUUUCCAGAAUGCUUUGUUCAGUGCAGUACUAAUUUCUGCGACCCUAGCUUGUGCUGUUUGGGUUCCUUACUUGUGGGGGAAAUUCAUGAUUCUCCUUAUGGGAAGUCCUGUCGCGUUCCUUGUCAAGCUUCCUCUUCAGACAAUUGCUGCAGUGACAGACUUUGUCGUGGACACGACCCUCUUCUUCGGUGGAGCAUCUAUCUAUUGGAUCUCACGAUUCAUCUCGAUGCUAGUCACCCUCAGCACAUGGGGCACGUUGUCAGGAAGUGUGGAUGGCCCACUCAGCACCAUCUCUGGCCCAGCUCAUUCAGUUGCGUACAAUGCCUUGGAGCGUCUUGGAAAGAUGCUCGCGGGUUCAGCACUUUCGCCCGGCCCUGAUUAUUUCCAGUUCAACGCCGAUUCGCACAUGGCCUUGCGGAGUCUCCAAAACACCACGUCUUUCGCCCUGAAUGAAACGAGCAACUUCAUCGGUGCUGUUUUUGAAGAAAUUGCUGCAGAAUCACCAUUCGGGCUUGUUUUCAGAGCGCUCGGUCAGUUGCCGCAUUUCAUUCAAGUUGGGCUAGCAGCACUUCUCUACGAGUGCAAUGCUCUGUUGUCUUGGAUUUCGUCUUCAAAGUCGUACAAACUUACUUUUGAUCUUGAUCUUGGUCAAAACACAACCGCUGCAUACACUUCAGUAGAACGUUGGACUGCCAGUGAUCGCACAAUCGCCAUCUUCGCAGGUUAUGCGUCCUUCGCCAUGGGCGGCGCCAUUUAUCUCAAGCGCGCGACUCCAUUCAGCACAUCGCAACAAGGGCAGAGAAUUGAGCGUGUCUUUUCUGAAGUCCUCCAGCAAGCCGGAGGUGUGCUCAAGGUUAUCCUGAUAAUCAGCAUCGAAAUGCUGGCCUUCCCGCUCUACUGUGGGUUACUUCUUGAUCUUGCCAUGCUCCCUCUAUUCAAAGACGCUACACUCUAUACCCGGUGGCAGUUUGCUUGCGAAAGCCCGUGGACAUCUUGUUUCGUGCACUGGUUCAUUGGCACCUGCUAUAUGUUCCAUUUCGCUCUUUUCGUGUCCAUGUGCCGUAAGAUUAUGCGGAAAGGUGUGCUCUACUUCAUUCGCGAUCCGGAUGAUCCAACAUUCCAUCCAGUUCGGGACGUUCUCGAACGGAGCGUUACCACCCAGCUCCGUAAGAUCGGGUUCAGCGCACUUGUAUAUGGAGCUCUAGUCAUUGUGUGCCUAGGAGGCGUGGUGUGGAGCCUCAACCGCGCAACCUCCGGCGUGCUACCCAUACAUUGGACAACCGAAGCGCCUUUCUUGGAGUUCCCGCUUGACCUCUUGUUUUACAACUUUCUCACGCCCGUCAUCAUCAAGUUCUACAAACCUAGUGAGGGCUUGCACGCAGUCUACCAAUGGUGGUUCAAGAAGUGCGCCGGCUUCCUUCGUCUAUCAAACUUUCUUUUCGGAGACAAGAACAAGGAGGAAGAAGGCUACCACGUCACCUGGACAGGCUGGUUGAAGUCUGCAAAACAAACUCCAGAGCAAGCGGCCGAUAGCGAUGAAGAUGGGCGCGCACUCGUCCCCUUCGUCAACGAUGGCAAGUACGUCAGGGCCCCAGCAUCCGAUCAGGCGCGCAUUCCCAAAGGCCACCCCGUCUUCGUUGAGGUCGACCGGAACAACGUCCGCAAGGACGGAAUCACAGAGGGAGGCGUGCACAACACGGAUCUGGUAAACAUGGUCUACAUUCCACCCUGGUUCCGCGUCCGCAUCGCUUGCUUCGUCUUCACCAUUUGGGUCUUCAUGGGCGUCACCGGCAUCAGCGUGACUAUCAUCCCGCUCCUCGUCGGUCGUUACCUCUUCUCGCUCUUCCUGCCGUCCACGGUUGAAAUGAACGACAUACACGCCUUCUCCCUGGGUGUCUACUCCCUCGGCAGCAUCGCAUACAGCGGCUACCAAGUCCACAAAUUCAUCGCCUCCCUGAACCAGCCCGUCCCCUCUCCCCUAUCCGCGCUCCACACCGUCGCAGCAACAACAUCCCGCGUCGGCAUGCGCGUUCUUCGCUUCAGCUUCGUGUGGACGAGUCUCAUCUUCGCCAUCCCCUUCCUUUUCGCCGUGCUCAUCGAGCUCUACUUCCUCAUGCCUCUGCACGCGUACCUCGGUCCCACGGAACCACACGUCGUCCACCUCAUCCAGGACUGGACGCUCGGCUUCCUCUACUCACGCCUCGCUGCGCGCAUCGUCUUCGCGAACCGCAACUCCCGCCCUGCCCGCGCGUUCAACGCUGUCAUCCGUGAUGGCUAUUUGCACCCCAAUGCGCGCAUCGCGACGAGGUGCUUUUUACUCCCCGUCCUCGCGCUGUUCGCCAUCGCCAUCGCCGUCCCGAGUAGUUUUGCCUUCGUAAUGAGUCGUACAAUGUAUGCGGGGGCGAGCGAGGCAGUCAAGGGCCAAGUCUGGCGCUUCUGCUUCCCUGCUAUCGGACUGAGUGCGGCGGGUAUGUGGGUUGGGAAGGAGGUUAUUCGCAUGCUGACGAGAUGGCGGUUGGUGGUCAGGGACGAGGUGUAUCUGAUCGGUGAGCGGUUGCAUAAUUUCGGGGAGAGGAGGGCGCCAGUGCAGAGUCCUGUGGCGGAAAGCUUGGUGGUGUAGACAUGGAGGGUGUAGUUGUUCAACUGAGUAUGAAUGUGGGGGAGAUGUGAGGGGGAGAAAGAUCGCCGUGGCUUCUGUCUUGUUAUUUGCAUCUUUGAUAGGCUGUGCUAUUCAUCUCGACUCUUACCAUACAGAACAUUACUUCCUGUCUUGUAUCAUUGUAGUCGUUUGGCUAAUCGUUAGCUGGGCGAAUUAAACUUCAUCACUAAUUUCCUUUGGGUAGUUCAGGAUAAGGACAGGUAUCAUACGUAAUGUAAUUCAAUAAAAACUACAAAUUG